CUAUUGACAUUUAAAACAUAACCUAUUAUUUGACAGUUUAAGGCCUUCAUUUUUGGGUUAUAUUUUAAACAUUAGUAAGGAUUUCCUCUGCUUGUUUUUGCUCUUGCUUUUUAAAAUAAUAUUAGAUAUUUCCCUUACGUCUGUGGUAAACAGUUGACGGAUGAAUCCUAGAUAUUUCUAUUUGGACGUCGAAUGUGUGGCUGAGCAAACUGAGCUUGCAAUAAGGCGCAUCAUAGAAGAAGGGGCAAAGAGCGUGUUCGGAGAGUGGGGUGCAGGUGCCCUGCAUGUGGACGUGCUGCAUGUGAGUGAGCGACGUGCGCUGCUCAGAGUGGAGGCAGAACAACUGCGCAAGCUGCGAGCCACCAUUACACUCGCCACCCAGCUGCGGGUACAGGCACAAGCCCCCACCCUGCAGGCACUUGUGUAAACUAAUUACAAUAUUUGUGAUAAACACAGGCUGAUCCUAGAACAGAAGACAUUCACUUGGGCCACUGGCGAUGUCGUCGCGUGCGGUGUUGUCGCUGGGCGCGGGCGGCGAGGAGGGCGCGCGGCACGUGGUGCUGGUGGCGCCGCGCGAGGAGCUCGCCGCGCCGAGCCGCGUGCGCCUGCCCGAGCCCGAGCCCGCGCCCGGCCUCAUCCUGCCCGACGGCUCCAUCAACUGGGGCUGUCCGUGCCUUGGCGGCAUGUCCACCGGACCCUGCGGACAACAGUUCCGAGACGCAUUCUCCUGCUUCCACUACAGUGAGGCGGAUCCGAAAGGCAGCGACUGUUACGAGAAGUUCAGCGUGAUGCAGCAGUGCAUGUCGCAGUACCCCGAGCUGUACGGCAAGGACGACGACGAGGAGCUCGCGGCCGCGCUGCACGACGCCGAGGACGCCGCGGACACCGCACCCGCACACACCGCACCCGCCGCCGGAGACUCCGCCCGCACCACCGACCGCGUCGACAAAUAAUCAACACCGAUACAUACUCAAACGACGACCAACUAUUCUCGUUCAUCUGUGGCGUAUCCAAUGUCUAAUGGAAAUAAUCAUAAACGCACACUACAAAAUAUCGCUAUCGCAAUAAUUUGAUAAUAACAUCCCAUACCAGUAUCGCCAGAAUUCUAUUAUUAUCAAGUCGAUGUAGUGUGGCAAACAGCAUUCCCACUUCCUGAAUCGAUACUAUUUUUAAUGAUAUGAUUUGCAAGGAACUGUUUGUGAUAGCUCUUUGUCCUGCCAUUGCACCACCCGGACCCUGCAUGAAAUGAUAUGGCCAAAUCUAAAUUUAGUACAUUAUAUUAUUUAUGAUAGUUUCACCUAUUAAACAAAUUACUUUCAAAGAAUGUAUUUCACAAGCUCGUAUUUGGUUUGUAAAUGCGCAAUAAGCAUAGUUGUGUGAAUUUUAGUCAUGUAAUAGUUAUAAUUAAUAAUUAAUAAAUAGUUAGAGGUACA